GGCAUUCAUAGCAUUCAAUUCAAUCAUUCAUAAAAAAAAAAUAAAACAUUCAAUCAUUACAUUAGAGUCUAUUGUGUUGUCAACUAAUCAAUUGAUUAGUUAGUAUUAAACAGUAUAUGAUAUAAGAUAUACAGUGAUUGUAAUCAAUCAAUCACUACUACUCCAACACAUAGUAUCGGGUGUCCACUAUAGUGGCCACACACACACAAAACAGGCGUUAAUGACCGCUACCGUGGCUACAGUCGUGGCUGGCCAGCAAUCAUCAACAUCGACGUCGUCAUCGUCAUCAUCAUCAUCAUCGGUGGUCAAUAACAACAUCAACAACGAUAUGCUAUCGGAGUUGAGACUAGAAAACAGCCGUCUGUACGAUGACCUAUGUCUGGAGCAACAACUGAAUCAACUAUUGGACGCCAUUCGUAACUAUUCGCUAAUAUUGAUCAACAGCUGCCACUGUAAUCCCAAUCAAGAAAUCUGGGAAAAGUUGAACCAAUUGAACAACGAAUAUAAGUGUCUGAGGACACGAAAACUUGCCGACGAUGGCGGCGGCGGCAGUGACCAACACAGCGGCGGUGGAGGAGGAGGAGGAGGAGGAUCUGAUCAUACAUUCGGUGAUAUAUUGUGUAACACGAGUGGUGGUGGCGGCGGCGGCAAACAACCGCACAACACCACAGUUGGUCUUAUGGCCACCGAUCCGGUCACCCGACAGACGACAACGGCGGCGGCGGCAUCAAUGGUAACCUGUGUGGACUGUCAGCAACAGUUCGAUUCGGUGGUCGAUCUGGACGUUCACCGCACAGCUGUCCACAAGACAAGUGUUCAUCAGCCGUGUGUCUGCCAGGAGUGUCAUCAGAUGCUGGACAGCGAAGAACUAUUAUCCAUACAUUUGAUUCAGAAUCACUUUGUCUGCGACAUCAAAACCGAAGACUCUAACGAAGACAAAUCCGAGACACUGUACGCUAAUAGUGCAACAGUGGCCGUCAUCGAUGCCUAUCAUAAUCAACAUCAUCAUCAUAAUCAUCACCACCACCAACAACAACAACACCACCAGAAUAUGCCAUUCCCGGCGCACACUACAGGUGUCGGGGCCGGCGGUAGCAGUGGUUACGAUCCGACCAGCGGUGAACGUAUACCAGAAAAUCGUAGCGCAUUUCUUAGUCAAUUGAAUCUUGUGUCGAGUCUCGACCAAAACAACAGGAAUAGUUGCGGCGAAAAUUAUGGUAUGCGUCGGCUAAGAGAUAGGCCACCAAAGAAGGUAGCCAUACGUAGGUCAAGCAAUACUACGACAACCCGAAGAUUGAUAAAUGUCGGCACAAAUAAUGGUUUGUUUGGCGGCGACAACAAUCGUGACAUUAUUCCUGAGUUCAAAUGCGACGAAUGUGUACCGAAUCAAUGGUUUAAUCACGAAAGGGAACUGGAGAAGCAUAUGAACAAACAGCACAAAAAGUUGAAACCGUUUGCCUGUAAUGUCUGUACCGAUACGUUCUUUGCCCGACUGUCCCUACUCUAUCAUAUGUCCCAAAAACAUAAGAUACUGGCCUUCGAGUGCCAGUAUUGCGAUUACAAAACCCGUACCAAACAUCAUCUGACUCAGCAUAUGGUUCGCCAUUCGGAUGUCCGGCCGUACGAGUGUAGUGUCAAAGGUUGCGAACUCAAGUUCAAACGCAAAGAUAUGCUUACCAGACACGAGGCCUGCCAUAAAAAGCGAGGACGAAGUAGACCGUCGAAGAAUCGAAACAACAACAACAACAAUGCCGCCGACGGACUACUUGUUGGCCAUUCAUCUCAUCAAAGAAUCGACAUAAUUGUCUAGAAAAUAGUCUAUAAAAUUACCGGUAAUAUCGUUGUUGUUGUUGGAACUAUUAGAGAUACCUAUCGGUAACUGGCCGUUAUUUUCCGACUUACCGGUAUAAACAAUAGUUUACCUCAUUAUAUAAACACAAAAUAUUAAUUAAUUAAAAUUAUUAACUAUUUAUAUAUUUAA